CGUCAGCACACAAUCGCGUAAUUCAUUUCAAAACCAACAAUUGGAAAGUCAUAAAAAUGGCAUAUGAUGGCAAAGGACACCCCACAGUCCAUGAUUGGAGAAGCAAUACUGCUGCAUUACCGGGUCAUUUUGCGCAUCUGCCUUGGGCGACUGAAUGUGUCUUUGCCACGAAGAGACCAACUCCAGGAUUCACAGAUUUUCCAUUUUGGAAGGGUGCUCUUUAUCACUGGGGUAUUUCUCCUGAUCACAAAAGAUUUGAAUGUGAUGAUUUUGCUGUUGGUCGACAAUAUAAUACGCUUCAUCACGUGUUUGUCAGAGGCUGAAAAACACGAUUCUUUGCGUUGUGUCAAACUGGAGCCUAUUGUGACAUGGUGUGCCGCUUCUAUGAUUAGUUUAGAAUUAUGUCUACAUCUUUCAACUGAUUUUAGUGUGGAUGCUAUAGAUUGUUACGUGUUCUGCUAUGCUUUCUGUAAUGUAUUUAUGUUCCAACUAUUUUACGAAUCUAUUAGGCACACAAAUAUUGAUAAAUGGCUAAAAAAAAGAAAAUUUUAA